AUGAUAAGCGAUAAGGUAAGACAGUUUUAUUAAUCUCGGAAAAUAAUCUCUCUCUCUCUCUCUCUCUCUCUCUCUCUCUCUCUCUCUCUCUCUCUCUCUCUCUCUCUCUCUCUAUCUCUCUCUCUCUUUAUUCAAUUCUAUUCAAUUCAAUUUAAGGGCUUUAUUGGCAUGGGAAACAUAUGUUAACAUUGCCAAAGCAAGUGAAGUAGAUAGUAAACAAAAGUGAAAUAAACAAUAAAUAUUAACAGUAAACAUUACACUCAGAAGUUCCAAAAGAAUAAAGACAUUUCAAAUGUCAUAUUAUGUAUAUAUACAGCGUUGUAACAACGUGCAAAUAGUUAAAGUACAAAUGGGAAAAUAAAUAAACAUAAAUAUGGGUUGUAUUUACAAUGGUGUUUGUUCUUCACUGGUUGCCCUUUUCUUGUGGCAACAGGUCAUACAUCUUGCUGCUGUGAUGGCACACUGUGGUAUUUCAUCAAGUAGAUAUGGGAGUUUAUCAAAAUUGGGUGUCUGAGGGAAAUAUGUGUCUCUAAUAUGGUCAUACAUUUGGCAGGAGGUUAGGAAGUGCAGCUCAGUUUCCACCUAAUUUUGUGGGCAGUGUGCACAUAGCCUGUCUUCUCUUGAGAGCCAGGUCUGCCUACGGCGGCCUUUCUCAAUAGCAAGGCUAUGCUCACUGAGUCUGUACAUAGUCAAAGCUUUCCUUAAGUUUGGGUCAGUCACUGUGGUCAGGUAUUCUGCCACUGUGUACUCUCUGUUUAGGGCCAAAUAGUAUUCUAGUUUGCUCUGUUUGUUUUGUUAAUUCUUUCCAAUGUGUCAAGUAAUUCUCUUUUUGUUUUCUCAUUAUCUGGUUGGGUCUAAAUGUGUUGUUGUCCUGGGGCUCUGUGGGGUCUGUUUGUGUUUGAGCCCCAGGACCAGUUUGCUGAGGGGACUCUUCUCCAAGUUCAUCUCUCUGUAGGUGUAGGCUUUGUUAUGGAAGGUUUGGGAAUCGCUUCCCUUUAAGUGGUUAUAGAAUUUAACGGCUCUUUUCUGGAUUUUGAUCAUUAGCGUGUAUCGGCCUAAUUCUGCUCUGCAUGCAUUAUUUGGUGUUUUUCGUUGUACACAGAGGAUAUUUUUGCAGAAUUCUGCAUGCAGGGUCUCAAUUUGGUGUUUGUCCCAUUUUGUGAAUUCUUGGUUGGUGAGCGGACCCCAGACAUCACAACCAGAAAGGGCAAUGGGUUCUAUAACUGAUUCAAGUAUUUUUUGCCAGAUCCUAAUUGGUAUGUCGAAUUUUAUGUUCCUUUUGAUGGCAUAGAAGGCCCUUCUUGCCUUGUCUCUCAGAUCGUUCACAGCUUUGUGGAAGUUACCUGUGGCACUGAUGUCUCUCUCUCUAUCUCUAUCUCUCUCUCUCUCUUUCUCUCAGCUCUCUCUCAGUGGGCUCAAAGGAAGCCAAAGCAGUGUUUAGUGGGUCUGGCUCUGUCUUGGCUGAAGGUUGAAUUUGCAUAAUAUGAGCUGGUCAAUAAUUUGUUAGAAUUUACUGUGAUGUGGGGUACGAGGGGGGUCAAGUUUGUGCGCAAUGUACAAUAGUGUUUGUGUUAUAAAUACAAUUUUCCUAAUGUAACAGAGUUAAAUUCAAUGGCCGUAUUGAAUUCAAUGAUAUUACUUUCCCAUGUUGAAAGUUGCCUUACACAUUCAUGAAUUGUGUCUUCCCAGUUUCUGUUACCAGAAUAAAAAAAGUGAGAAAGCAAGCCCUCUGUGUCCUAUAAGUCAUUCUGUUACCGUAUGAUCACCUUUACACUAGUUAGAGUCAAUUCAUAUUAAGUGUUGAGUUCAUCGGUGGUCACAUUGCCAUGAUGAUCACCUGAGGUGGUAAGCAAAGGAAGUAUUGGAUAGGAGGACUCUUUAAUGGAGCCACAUUGUGUUUGCGGUUGUGCAUGCGUGUGUCCGUACAUAGGAACCUUUGUGUGUGCUUGCAUCUAUGUGUGUGUGUGUGUGUGUGAGUGUGUGUAUGUGCGCAGACUCAGGUGAGAUCUGUCUCUAUACCCUUCAUCUGGUGCUCAGACAGACAGUGUUCAGGGCUGGGGAGGAUGGGGCGAAGGUGGUGGGGUUACUCUUUCUGGUUGGUCAGUCUAACCUGUCCAGGCACCCUGGCUGUGUGGGGAGGGAGCUCAGAUUAGCUGCUUUAAGGGGAAUAGUGGGCAGCAGACGUCAGAGAGAGGACUGAAUACACACACACACACACACACACACACACACACACACACUGCGGUCUAUGCAGAUGUACUGUACUCUGUUUCUGUUUCUCUCUAUUACACACACACACAAAGCAGGAUAACCCUUAGACCUGUAUUUUGUUAGCCUCUGCCAGGAAGACACUUAUAAACCUUUUGCAGGUGGACAGACAGAGAAAGAGCAGGAGUUUUCUAGAAUUUCCCAUAUUUCUUUCCCACUUGACCUCUUGAUCACCUGCAACUCCGAUUACUACCAUGUUCUGUUUCAUCUUUGGAAGUCUCUUUCUUCUGUCUUCUUACUUUGGAUCGCCUUUAGCUGACACGUUAGCGACAGCUAGUCUUCUUGUGAUGCCUCUUCACUGCAACCUCCUCUCUGUCUUUCCCUGGAGGAGCUGGCUGCUCCAGCAUGUGACUGGCAGUGGACCGACUCAACCCAACCCGACCCAGCCAGGAUGGGGGAGGUCAAAGAAGAGGUGCUUAUAUUUGUCCUGUUUCACACAUGUACAAGUGUGCAACCUAAAUGUGUUUUUUUGCAUAUCCCACUCCCCCUGAGAGUGGGGUCAUGGCCUAGGAUCAGUUAUUAUUGACGGCGACCCUGGAGCAAUUAGGGGUAAGUGCCUUGCUCAAGGGCAGAUCGACAGAUUUAGUCGGUCCGGGGAUUUCGAACUAGCAACCUUUUGGUUACUGGCCCAGAGCUCUAACCGCUAGGCUACCUGCCACCCAUAGUGCCACUGCUGCCACCACAUGACAGAGCUAACCCGCAUGGUGCUGGAGCUGAAGCAGGAGCUGUGGGAGCUGGCGGAGAAGUACGAGGGGAUGUCCAGCAGGAUAUCAUGGACACCAUGGAGGAGCUGCAGGACACCAAGUUCUCCCAUCGACGCCAAGGAGAGGCAGGCGCAGCAGCUCAACAGGCAGCUCUGAGGAAGAAAAGAGCAGGGUCUAGUUCAGUAGGGAGGAAAUUAUUGGAAAGAGUGAAACAAGGAGGUACUACCUGGAUGUUUCCAAUGACAGUGAAUAAUUUUGUUUUUAAACAUUUGAGAAAUGUUUUACGGCAGUGUGCCCUACUAAACGCAACCCAUGAGAGACUGACUGAUUCUGUCACAGGCUGUUCAUUGAAAACUAAAGGACACUUGAGAGAACAGAGACUAUGGAGGGGAGGGGAGAGAGGAUAGAGCUGUAUCACUCUGUCUGGAGAUACAGGACUGGGAAGGCGUGUUUGUGGAACUGUGUUUUCGUGGCUUACACAGCGCAUUCGGAAAGUAUUCAGACCCCUUCACUUUUCCCACAUGUUGUUAUGUUACAGCCUUAUUCUAAAAUGGAUGUAAAAAAAAAUUUGCCUUAUCAAUCUCCACACAAUACACAAUAAUGACAAAGCAAAAAUAGGUUUUUAUGAAUUUUUGCAAAUGUAUUACAAAUAAAAAACUGAAAUAUUACAUUUACAUAAGAAUUCAGACCCUUUACUAAGUACUUUGUUGAAGCACCUUUGGCAGCGAUUACAGCCUCAAGUCUUCUUGGGUAUUACGCUACAAGCUUGGCAUACCUGUAUUUAGGGAGUUUCUUCCAUUCUUCUCUGCAGAUCCUCUCAAACUCUGUCAGGUUGGACGGCAAGCGUCGCUGCACAGCUAUUUUCAGGUCUCUGCAGAGAUGUUCGAUCCGGUUAAAGUGCGGGCUCUGGCUGGGCCACUCAAGGACAUUCAGAGACUUGUCCUGAAGCCACUCCUGCAUUGUGUUGGCUGUGUGCUUAGGGUAGUUGUCCUGCUGGAAGGUGAACCUUCGCCCCAGUUUGAGGUCCUGAGCAAUCUGGAGCAGGUUUUCAUCAAGGAUCUCUCUGUACUUUUCUCCGUUCAUCUUUCCCUCAAUCCUGACUAGUCUCCCAGUCCCAGCCGCUGAAAAACAUCCCCACAACAUGAUGCUGCCACCACCAUGCUUCACCGUAGGGAUGGUGUCAGGUUUCCUCCAGAUGUGACGCUUGGCAUUCAGGCCAAAGAGUUCCAUUUUGGUUUCAUCAGACCAGAGAAUCUUGUUUCUCAUGGUCUGAGAGUCUUUAGGUGCCUUUUGGAAAACUCCAAGCGGGCUGUCAUGUGCCUUUUACUGAGGAGUGGCUUCCGUCUGGCCACUCUACCAUAAAUGCCUGAUUGGUGGAGUGCUGCAGAGAUGGGUGUCCUUCUGGAAGGUUCUCCCAUCUCCACAGAGGAACUUUGGAGCUCUGUCAGAGUGACCAUCGGGUUCUUGGUCACCUCCCUGACCAAUGCCCUUCUCUCCAGAUUGCUCAGUUUGGCCGGGCGGUUUGGCAAACUUCUUCCAUUUCAGAAUGAUGGAGGCCACUGUGUUCUUGGGAACCUUCAAUGCUGCAGAAAUAUUUUGGUACCCUUCCACAGAUUGGUGCCUCGACACAAUCCUGUCUUGGAGCUCUACAGACAAUUCCUUCGACUCAUGGCUUGGUUUUUGCUCUGACAGGCACUGUCAACUGUGGGACCUUAUAUAGACAGUUGUGUGCCUUCCGAAUCAUGUCCAAUCAAUUGAAUAUACCACAGGUGGACUCCAAUCAAGUUGUAGAAACAUCUCAAGGAGGAUCAAUGGAAACAGGAUGCACCUGAGCUCAAUUUCGAGUCUCAUAGCAAAGGGUCUAAAUACUUAUGUAAAUAAGGGAUUUCUGUUUUUUAUUUUUAAUACAUUUGCAAAAAUUUCUAAAAAUCCUGUUUUCGCUUUGUCAUUAUGGGGUAUUGUGUGUAGAUUGAUGAGGAAAUGUUUUAUUUAAUCAAUUUUAGAAUAAGGUUGUAACGUAACAACAUUUAGAAAAAGUCAAGGGGUCUGAACAAUUUCUGAAUGCACUGUAGGUGGUGGACAUGUAUGUAUUGUGAGAGUAUUUUCAGUUUAUGAGUUGAUCUGAGAGUGUGUGUGGUCCCUCUCAUUGGGAUGUGGCCAGGCAGAAAGGGAGAGGUGGCUGGCUGGAGACGGUUUAGCUGUAGGAUGAGCUGAAUGAGCGCACAGAGAAAAAAAUAUCCAUUGAUCUGAAUAAGCUCCCAUUAGGUUCACACUCACAUAAUUGACUUUUUGGUAUUCUAUGUUGCAGUUUGUGAUUUUGAGAGAUGAGUCAAUCAAUAAGAAAUCAGUCAUAUCUGAGCCUAUGCAAGUUUAACAGAGUCUUGUUUGAGACGUGAAGACAGGUGUUAGCUCCCUGAGCUAAUUCCUAGGCUUUAGUUCAGCGGGCCAACAGUCUUGUGGCAUGCAUGAGACCCUGGGUUUGAACCCAGUCGCUCACACGAGCACCUGAAAGAUAGUCACCAAAGUUCUUCAGGACAAUUCUACAAAAAUAACUAUAGUACCUAGUGUGAUUUGGGCGCUCUCAGGUUAACGGAGGACACUUAACGUCAUCCAACGGAGAACAUUUUUGUUGAUUGGACCCACAGUAAAUCAUAAAUUGUGUCUCAGUUGAGAGGUCCUAGCCUGUAUGUAUGGGCUGAAUUACAGUAGCAUUUGUUCCCUAUCAUUACCGUUUUCUCUCUGUCUUGUCCCUUUCUCUGUCCCUUUCUCCAGCUCUCUGUCUUGUCCCUUUCUCUGUCCCUUUCUCCAGCUCUCUGUCUUGUCCCUUUCUCUGUCCCUUUCUUCAGCUCUCUGUCUUGUCCCUUUCUAUGUCCCUUUCUCCAGCUCUCUGUCUUGUCCUUUUUUAAUCUCUGUCCACCCCCCUCUUUCCCUCUUUCCUUCUUUCUCUCAAUCCUCUGUCUCUUGCUCUCUCUGUCUGUCUCUCUCUGUUUGUCUCUCUCCCUCUCUGUCGCUCUCUCUCUGUCUCUCUUUCCCUCUCCCUCCCCAUUCUCUCCCCAGGAUAGAUAGCCUACUGAUUAAAUUAAAGUAUAUAUUCCGGCAUUCCGUUUGGCUGUUUGUUCCACAGCAGAGAACCAGUAAUGUCUCCUCUUUCGUCUGGUUUAAAACGUGGCAUGGGAACCGCUACUACGGUUCUCUAACAUAUAGAAAAAGGGCACGAUUCCUUCACCACCCUGGCAUUAGUCUUUCUCGGUGGUAUCACACUGAAAUAACUCGUAAGUAACCCCUUAAGGCGAUUUCAGCGACUUGGCGCCUCCCACUGCUCUUCUCAUGUGAUUUAUCAGUGUGUGUUUAGUGGGAUUGUGGUUGUGGGGUGUGUGAAAGGGACUUUCAGUGGUCGGAAUGAACCACAAACAAACCGUUAAAGGACAUAACUCAUAAGCUGUUUUCUCUGUACGUUUUAAGCACGUAUUUUCCAACUGUGAUACUCAAUGCUUUUAUUGAUGUGAAUGUAUGUAAUAAGGAAAACCCAGGCCCCUAAAAUAGAGCAACAGCUCACACAGUUUAUACAGUAUACAGUGGCUUGUGAAAGUAUUCACCCCCCCUUGGCAUUUUUCCUAUUUUGUUGCCUUACAACCUAGAACUAAAAUUGAUUUUUUGGGGGGGUUUGUAUCAUUUGAUUUACACAACAUGCCUACUACUUUGAAGAUGCAAAAUAUUUUGGGGGGUGAAACAAACAAGAAAUAAGACAAAAAAACUGAAAACUUGAGCGUGCAUAACUAUUCACCAAACGUGUUUGCUUAUUUUUUUCUUUAAGCAAUGGCUUUUUUCUGGCCACUCUUCCGUAAAGCCCAGCUCUGUGGGGCUUAAAGUGGUCCUAUGGACAGAUACUCCAAUCUCCGCUGUGGAGCUUUGCAGCUCCUUCAGGGUUAUCUUUCGUCUCUUUGUUGCCUCUCUGAUUAAUGCCCUCCUUGCCUGGUCCAUGAGUUUUGGUGGGCGGCCCUCUCUUGGCAGGUUUGUUGUGGUGCCAUGUUCUUUCAAUUUUUUUAUAAUGACUGGACAAUAAUCAAGAUACAGUAAGAUAAAACUAGAGCCUGCUGGACUUGCUUUGUGGAGUGUGGUGUCAAAAAAACAGAGCAUCUCUUUAUCACGGACAGACCUCUCCCCAUCUUUACAACCAUUGAAUCUAUAUGUUUUCACCAUGACAGUUUACAAUCUAAGGUAACACCAAGUAAUUUAGUCUCCUCAACUUGCUCAACAGCCAUACCAUUCAUUACCAGAUUCAGCUGAGGUCUAGAACUUAGGGAAUGAUUUGUACCAAAUACAAUGCUCUCAGUUUUAGAGAUGUUCAGGACCAGUUUGUUACUUGCCACCCAUUCUAAAACUGCUAGAAACAUUCUAGACCUGCUUCUUGUUUUUAUAAGAAACAUCAAUGUGUUGGAAAUUCCAAAUUGUUUGCUUAGUCAACUUACACAGAGCACUGACACACACACUUAACUCACCAGACAUGCCACCAGCACAAAGUCAAGGAAAUGUAGAGUAUUAUACAGAGCCAUGAUUGCAUGGAAAUCCCUUCCAUUUCAUAUAGCGCAAGUGAACAACAAGCCUGGUAUCAAAAAACAAAUAAAGCAAAUCCUCAUGGCACAGCGCCUCUCCCCUAUGUGACCUACUUUUUGUGUGUAUAUACUGACAUGUAUGUGUAACUGAUAGAUGUAGACACACAAUCACACUACAUGUUCAUGUUUUAGAUAUACAGUACCAGUCAAAAGAUUGGACACACCUGUUCAUUCAAGGGUUUUUCUUUAUUUUUACUAUUUUCUACAUUGUAGAAUAACAGUGAAGACAUCAAAACUAGGAAAAAACACAUAUGGAAUCAUGUAGUAACCAUUUUUUUUUUAAACAAAUCAAAAUAUCUUUUAGAUGUUAGAUUCUUCAAAGUAGCCACCCUUUGCCUUGAUGACAGCUUUGCACACUCUUGGCAUUCUCUCAGCCAGCUUCAUGAGGUAGUCACCUAGAAAGCAUUUCAAUUAACAGGUGUGCCUUGUUAAAAAUUAAUUUGUGGAAUGUAUUUCCUUCUUAAUGUGUUUGAGCCAAUCAGUUGUGUUGUGACAAGGUAGGGUUUGUAUGAAGAAGAUAGCCCUAUUUGGUAAAAGACCAAGUCCAUAUUAUGGCAAGAACAGCUCAAAUAAGCAAAGAGAAAUGACAGUCCAUCAUUACUUUAAGACAUGAAGGUCAGUCAAUAUGGAACAAUUCAAGAACUUUGAAAGAAUUCUUCAAGUGCAGUCGCAAAAACCAUCAGGCACUAUGAUGAAACUGGCUCUCAUGAGGACUGCCACAGGAAAGGAAGACCAAGAGUUACCUUUGCUGCAGAGGAUAAGUUCAUUAGAGUUACCAGCCUCAGAAAUUGCAGCCCAAAUAAAUGCUUCACAGAAUUCAAGUAACAGAAACAUCUCAACAUCAACUGUUCAGAGGAGACUGCGUGAGUCAGGCCUUCAUGGUCUAAUUUCUGCAAAGAAAUCACUACUAAAGGACACCAAUAAGAAGAAGAGACUUGCUUGGGCCAAGAAACACGAGCAAUGGAUAUUAGACCGGUGGAAAUCUGUCCUUUGGUCUGAUGAGUCCAUAUUUGAGAUUUUUGAUUCCAACCGCCGUGUCUUUGUGAGAUGGAGAGUAGGUGAACGGAUGAUCUCCGCAUGUGUGGUUCCCACCGUGAAGCAUGGAGGAGGAGGUGUGAUGGUGCCUUGCUGGUGACACUCUCAAUGAUUUAUUUAGAAUUCAAGCCACACUUAACCAGCAUUGCUACCACAGCAUUCUGCAGCGAUACACCAUCCCAUCUGGUUUGCGCUUAGUGGGACUAUCAUUUGUUUUUCAACAGGACAAUGACCCAACACACCUCCAGGCUGUGUAAGUGCUAUUUGACCAAGAAGUAUAUAAAUUGGUCAUUUAGCAGACGCUCUUAUCCAGAGCGACUUACAGGAGCAAUUAGGGUUAAGUGCCUUGCUCAAGGGCACAGACAGAUUUUUCACCUAGCCGGCUCGGGGAUUUGAACCAGCAACCUUUUGGUUACUGGCACAACGCUCUUAACCACUAAGCUAUCUGCCGCCCCAAGUAGAGUGAUAGAAUGCUGCUUCAGAUGACCUGGCCUCCACAAUCACCCGACCUCAAUCCAAUUGAGAUGGUUUGGGAUGAGUCUGAACGCAGAGUGAAGGAAAAGUAGCCAACGAGUGCUCAGCAUAUGUGGGAACUCCUUCAACACUGUUGGAAAAGCAUUCCAGGAGAAGCUGGUUGAGAGAAUGCCAAGAGUGUGCAAAGCUGUCAUCAAGGCAAAGGGUAGCUACUUUGAAGAAUCUCAAAAAUAAAGUAUAUUUUCAUUUGUUUAACAUUUGUUUGGUUACUACAUGAUUCCAUAUGUGUUAUUUCAUAGUUUUGAUGUCUUCACUAUUAUUCUACAAUGUAGAAAAUAGAAGGGGGAAAAAACGUGAACGAGUAGGUGUGUCCACAAACCUUUGACUGGUACUGUAUGUAAAUUGUAGUCUUUUGUCUGUAAUGUAUUUUUCAUUAUUUGUUGGACCCCAGUAAGACUAGAUGUCGAUCCUAAUAAAAUAAAAAUCGAAAAAUGUAAAUGUGAAUCCUCAGUUUGGCCUUGGUCCUUGGACCUUCAGUAACUAGCUCUGGCAUCAAUCACUAUCAGAUAAGAGAACAAUAUUGAUCAUAACAGUCAUAAUCAAGUCUAGUGACCAUCAGUCUACACCUUGAGUGUUUGGGCAACAAACUUCUGGAUUGAAGGAUAUGUAAAUAAUUUACAGAGACUAAAUAUGGUCAAUAACACUAAAUAUAGACAUUUGUGAUCUUACAUUUUCUCAUUACAAUCUAUGCUUUGAAUGCUGUGAUAAUAUCAUUGUCCUUUCAAUGAUCUUCAUAUGAAAAAAGUUUGACUUUAUUCUACGCUAGGCCUACUGAUGCCACUGACAUGGUAGGCCACUUACAUGGUAGGUCUACUAUAGGAACUUUUGUGGUAUGAAUGGUUACUUUCUGGUACUUACUUAAAAUAUUUCAACACAACUGGUAACUUCGUGGCACUUAAUUUUACCAAGUGGGGCUUGAUCUAUCGCAUCCCAGAGGAACAGUGAUUUAGUGCUGUAAUUCCUAGGUUAUGAUUGUGCCAUGACCAUUUUACCAAUUUUGAAGUAAAUGAUAGGUUCUGCACUGUAGAAUAAAAGGUACAUUUAAGGUAAUUGAUUACUCUAUUGGUGUCCUUCUCUUCCCUGCCCUGCCUUACAAUAUAGCAAUUGCAACAAAGCUGAUGUAUCAAAUACUGUACAUAAUGACAAACACUACUGUACUACUAACACAUUAUUAGCCUAGAUGUCACUUCAGACAGAGUUUAAUAUCAUAGAUUGCUAGAACGAACAGAAGAAACGUUUAAGAAAAGUUGAUGUCAAACAUUUCAAAUUCUACCCAAAAAUAUGCAUGCAUCGUCAUCUCUUGAUUAAAAUAAAAUAUGAAGGCAAAGUGUGUGACUGGGCAAAAUCCAAGUGGAAAGGAUCCAAGUGAACUGGAUAUAAAAGGUGUUCAUUUCAUGCAAGGAGUUAAUUGUAACCGGACAUCUGUAGCUAACAGCUUUGAGAGCUGAGAGGUGGAGACGACAGAUAACUGAGUGUCAGUCGCUGUCCUGUCUUCUGGGUGAGUGCACUUCCUUCUGGGACGCUGGGCAAGAGGAGAGGAUUUAAACUACAGAGAUAUUGAUAAGGUACGAUUGAAUGAUGAUCAUUAUUCUAUAUAUUCUAUUAUCAUAUUCUCAUAUUCGUUACAUUUUUGCAAACAUUUUAGGGAAUGUGUCUUUUGUGGUGACAAGUGGUUAUUUUGUCCUCUCUGUGAAUGUUAAAGCUGUCUGUAUGGUCUGUAUAUAAAAUAUACACACCAAUAGGAUGUAGUCGUUGGAAGAAUUAAAUAAGGCAAAUUACAAUUUCACCUUAGAGCGAUUUCUUGGUCAACUUUCAUUGUCAUUUUCAAUUAGACUCUUGUUAUGAUAUAUUAUCAUUAUAUAUAUAAUCAUAUUAAUCCAAAAGUUGAUCAGAUGUUAAAUUAAACAUGUUAAAGAGAAAUGUCACAAAUGUUUUUUCUUCAUAUUCAUCAUCUCCAGCACCACCCUAAAAUCAACAUAAGUGUUUCUAAUGACAACAUCAGUGUGCAUCAUGCGAUUUUAACCAAUUAUCAGUAGGCAUCGCCUACUAAUUGCCUACAAACGUUCUACUAAUUGGUUGAUGACGUCAUUGGAAACACUUACAGUACCUUCCUCUAUCUUUUUUACCACAAAACAUGUUGAUGCUAGAGAUGAUGAAUAUGAAGUAGAAUUUCUUAGAAAUGUCCCUUUAAAUGGACAUUGCUGUAAGGUGUUUACAAUCUGUAUCUGUAUCUCAUGCAGCACUAUCAUUGCACUUACUCCCUAGUAAACAUGGCCAUCCUACUGGUCCUGGUUCUCCUACAGUUACUGGCUGUCCCAUCAUUAUCUGUAAGUGAUACUUCUUUGAUUGUAUUAUUUUGGGGUGUAAAACAAGUACAGGUAAAAAGUAUAGAGUCCUGAGGAUAAUAUAUCAGUAUUAUACAAAACGUAUUUCCAAUGUGGUCCUCAAUGGAAGACAAACGAGACAAAAACAAACAGGAAAUACAGUACAUAUGAUAAUCUAGUAAUACCACAUACACAACAUCCACAUAAAACAACAAAAAGAAUACAACACAACUCAAUAGCCUACAAUACAAUUCAAGUUGACAUUGUGAAUGUACACGCACACAAAUAGUAUUAUUUUGUUUACAAAAACAGCUGGAAUGUGGGGAUUUUCUAUCGUUACCAUACUGGUAUGUAAUAAGGGUUUGUGUAAUGAUAUGGAUUGGUUUGUGGUGAUAGGAUGUUUUCCCCUUGCUAUUCUGGUGUAGAGUACUCUGUGUACUACUGCACAGUGGUGUUUCAGUGCUUGAUGUGCUGGCUGCUGUUGUGUUCCAGCUAACAGCUCCCAGCAAUGACUACUGGGGGGAGUACGGGGCUUAUGGGGCGUGCAGUCGACCCUGUGGCACUGGAGUAGCCAUGAGGAUAAGGCAAUGUAUCACUGCAAGGUAAAAGAGAGAGAGAGAGCGAGUGUGCGAGAGAGCGCGCGCACGAGAGAGAGAGAGAGAGAGAGAGAGAGAGAGAGAGAGAGAGAGAGAGAGAGAGAGAGAGAGAGAGAGAGAGAGAGAGAAUAUGAUGAUUGUGUGUCUUUCUGACUCUACUUCUCUUUGACUUGCAGGACAGAUGGAGGAAACAACUGUGUGGGAUCUUCAAAAUCUUACCGCACCUGUAAUAUGCAGGUACACGCACGCGCACACACACAGUCUUGUACAGCUAACCUUGUGGGGACACACAAUUCAGUCCCAUUCAAAAUCCUAUUUUCCCUAACCCCUAACCUUAACCCUAUCUCUAACCCAAAAACAUAACCUUAACCUUAACCCUAAACCUAACCCUAGCUCCUAACCCUAAAACUAGCCCUAGCUCCUAACCCUAACCCUUAACGUAAUUCUAACCCUAACACUAAUUCUAACCUUAACCCUAAACCCCCUAGAAAUAGCAUUUGACCUUGUGGGGACCAACAAAAUGUCCCCAGAUGGUUUUGUUUGUUUACUAUUCUUGUGGGGACUUCUGGUCCCCACAAGAAUAGUUAAACACGUCCACACACACACACACACACACACAAUCUCUCUCUCGCUGUCUCCCAUGUAAACACUAACAGACUGACAUUGUCUGUAAUUGCUCUAUGCAGGCAUGUCCAGCGGGAUCCAGGGAUUUCCGUGAGGAGCAGUGUGCCCAGUUUAAUAGGAUGGACUUCCAGAGCAAACGCUACACCUGGCUGCCUUACCAUGGAGGUGCAAUAGGGAUUAUUGCCGUACAGUUUUUUUUAUCGCUUUGAUGCUAUUUUCACAAGUAUGUGGGGAAUUUUCUAAACUCUUAGUACAAAACUCAAAACUGGUAACAGUUGUAACGCAGUCUCAUAUUCAAAACCUUUUACCACACAACCAUUGAUCCAAAAUGUCACGAUCGUCAUACAUAGAGGAGGACCAAGGCGCAGCGUGUUGAGCGAACAUACUUUAAUUAGUUAAAGUGCACACACGAUACAAAACAACAAAACGACUCGUAACGUCCUAGGUGACAAUGACCAACUGGAACAAAAACCCACAAACACCAAGGGAAAACAGACAGUUUAAAUAUGGCUCCCAAUCAGAGACAACCAGCCACAGCUGACACUCGUUGCCUCUGAUUGGGAGUCACUCAGGCCAACAAAGAAACAGAAGAACUAGAACCCCCAACAUAGAAAUAUAACACAUAGAAUGAACACACCCUGGCUCAACAUAUAGAGUCCCAGAGCCAGGGUGUGACAGUACCCCCCCCCUAAAGGCGCGGACUGCGACCGCGCCUCCACUAGAACAAAACAGGGGAGGGCUGGGUGGGCAUUCCUCCUCGGCGGCGGUUCUGGCUCCGGCCUUGCCCACCACCCUCCAAUAAACCCCCCAUAGCGCCCCUGGUCCGGUCUGGCCCCGCUGGCUGGAGCUGAACUGGACGUAGCAGGAGCGGUUAGCUUCAGCUCCGUAGUGGAGCCGUUGACCGGUACCUUACCAGGCACCGGUGACCCAGGCACGGGUUGUGCUGGACUGACGACGCGCACCCCUGGCUUGGUGCGUGGAGCCGGAACGGGCCGGACCGGGCUGACGACUCGCACCCCUGGCUUGGUGCGUGGAGUAGGAACGGGCCGAACCAGGCUGACGACUCGCACCCCUGGCUUGGUGCGUGGAGUAGGAACGGGCCGGACCAGGCUGACGACUCGCACCCCUGGCUUGGUGCGAUUGGCAGGAACAGGCCGGGCCGGGCUGGCGACGCGCACCGUAGACUUGGUGCGAGUGGCAGGAACAGGCCGGGCCGGGCUGACGAUGCGCACCCCUGGCUUGGUGUGUGGAGUAGGAACGGGCCGGACCAGGCUGACGACUUGCACCCCUGGCUUGGUGCGAUUGGCAGGAACAGGCCGGGCCGGGCUGGCGACGCGCACCGUAGACUUGGUGCGAGUGGCAGGAACAGGCCGGGCCGGGCUGACGAUGCGCACCCCUGGCUCGGUGCGUGGAGUAGGAACAGGCCGGACCGGGCUGGCGACGCACACCGUAGGCUUGGUGCGUGGAGCAGGGACAGGCCGGACCGGGCUGGCGACGCACACCAUAGGCUUGGUGCGAGGAGCAGGGACAGGCCGGACCGGGCUGGCGACGCACACCGUAGGCUUGGUGCGAGGAGCAGGGACAGGCCGGACCGGGCUGGCGACGCACACCGUAGGCUUGGUGCGAGGAGCAGGGACAGGCCGGACCGGGCUGGCGACGCACACCGUAGGCUUGGUGCGAGGAGCAGGGACAGGCCGGACCGGGCUGGCGACGCACACCGUAGGCUUGGUGCGUGGAGCAGGGACAGGCCGGACUGGGCUGGCGACGCACACCGUAGGCUUGGUGCGAGGAGCAGGGACAGGCCGGACCGGGCUGGCGACGCACACCGUAGGCUUGGUGCGAGGAGCAGGGACAGGCCGGACCGGGCUGGCGACGCACACCGUCCAUUUGGUGCGAGGGGCCGUAACAGGCCGGACCGUACUGGGGACACACACCACUGGCUCUACUUUGACCAGUGGCCCCCGUAACCUGGUGGCCUUCUGAAUACGCCCCUUUUCUGCCUCCGUCAGCCCCGUCGUCCAUGCCCUGUGCCCCCCCCCACCUAAAAAUUAUUUGGGGUUGCCUCUCGACCGUCCGACGACGACCCUGAUCACGCCGUUGCUCCUCUCUCCGUCGCCUCUCUACAGUCUCACUCCAUGGCCGGCGAUCCAUCCCGGCCAGGAUUUCCUCCCAGGUCCAGGACCCCUGCCCGUCCAAAAUCUGCUCCCACGUCCAGGCUGCCUGCUCCUGGACACGCUGCUUGGUCCUGGUAUGGUGGGUUUUUCUGUCACGAUCGUCAUACAUAGAGGAGGACCAAGGCGCAGCGUGUUGAGCGAACAUACUUUAAUUAGUUAAAGUGCACACACGAUACAAAACAACAAAACGACUCGUAACGUCCUAGGUGACGGUGACAAUGACCAACUGGAACAAAAACCCACAAACACCAAGGAAAAACAGACAGUUUAAAUAUGGCUCCCAAUCAGAGACAACCAGCCACAGCUGACACUCGUUGCCUCUGAUUGGGAGUCACUCAGGCCAACAAAGAAACAGAAGAACUAGAACCCCCAACAUAGAAAUAUAACACAUAGAAUGAACACACCCUGGCUCAACAUAUAGAGUCCCAGAGCCAGGGUGUGACACAAAAUAUAAGUUUACUGUGAAAUAUUAUGAUCACGUUGAUUUAAUCAGCAAAACACAACAUAAUGUUAUCUUCUCAAUUUUGUUGUUUUAACAACCAGUUAAUCCAAUAGCAAAAAAUGCAAGGAUAAAGCUAUGGUUAAAAGCCUAGGAAAAAGACUUGCUGGCACGAAAAUAGGCAUGAAUGAUCAGUUCACGAGGGAGAUUGCAGAAAGGCGAAAAGUUCUGUAUCCAAUCUUCAAGGAAAACAGAUUAAAAGGGAAACGUGUGGCACUGGUGGUCGAUAAACUGUUCAGACCAAAUGUUCAGAGACGCAAAGACUACUCCAUGGCUAUUCUAAAAGUUGUAAUAGAGGAGUUGAAUAAUGGAACACCCAAUACUAGCAAUGAUAGGGAUUGUAAUAUUAAAUAACAUUUAUAGUAAGUAUAGUAUUUUAAAAAGGUUAAAACGAUAUAACAAGAAAAGAUAACAAGCAGAAUAAUACAUCUUCAAAUACAACUAAUUAGUACAUGGCUUUUUUGGCGGGCAAUUGUUGUUUUGGUGGACGGUUGUUGGGGUUGGUCCUGUGUUCUCCCUGGCGUCCUUUCCCCCUUGCGGCAGGUGUGGGAAGUGGGUGCGUUUGCACGCUCGGCCCAUUUCCUCUGCAGUCAACCAUGUGGUGUGCAUUUUUGUGUUUGAAAAGGUGCGGUGUUAAUUGAGUGAGAGGGGAAAUGGUUGCAUAUCCUAGAGCCGACGGGUGUCUAUGAGCAGGGGUAGUGAGGGAGAGCUUUCAAUUUUGUGUAGAUGAGGGAUAUACAUUGUUAAAUAUAGUAUACAUCUAAUUUUUUUUUUUAUUAUGAUGGAAAGAUCCCCAACCCUAUAACCUGGACACCCACCUGAGUGACCCAUACACCAAAGAGAAGUUCCCAUCUCUUUUAUGGACCUGCUGUGAGUAUGCAGCCUAAACCGAGAAAUAAAUGCGGUCAGAGACCUACUUGAGCAGCACCGCCGCCUCAAGAUUCUGAGCCUGCCUGGCAGGGUUGGUCCUACAAAGCCAGAGCCCCCUGAUGGGAGAGCAUUAUCUACAAGAACAUUCUCAAAGCUGCUAAUGAGAACCUUGACGACCUUUUACCUAGCCGGUGGGGAUUCCGAAAGGGGUACCCCCACCCAGGUAGUGGCAGUGCUGGCAACACUAGUUGCAGUAACCCAUGGGGAGGGGGUCACACUCGGACAAUCAGAGAGGGGGUUUAUCAUUGUGGCCCAGGUGGCACAAAAUAAUCAAAGGUCUGACUGCACGGAGAUGCUUGGGAAAAAUGGUUACAACGGGGGACCAGAGUGUUUGUGUCUCAGGUGAAGAGGGUGGAUCUGAUCUCCAUCACCUAGGACUUGACAUAAAUUAAGUAGAUUAAUCAAAUCUGACAUUGUCCAUUUCUGCUCAAUCUUGAAUGCUUUCUCAAUCAGCUGUAACUGUAUGUGCAUUCGUAAAUCAGGUCCUUUCUUGAGUUGUGCUCUGGGAUAUUACAACCGUUGAUUAUCUGAAAUCGGAAAUCAUCUCCCAGAUAUCACUAUUUCUAAAACAAGCCAUAGAAAGUUGGUUGCAAUUUCAAUUUAAUCCUCCAGAAACGACAGAACAAAUAAUGCAACAAAUAUUGUGGUUAAACUCAAAAUAUAGUAAUUGACAAAAAACGUUUUUUUGACAAAAUGUGUAAAAAAGGUAUAAUCUGUGUAAAUGAUAUCAUCAUUAGGACUGGUGGAGUUAUGUCGCACAUGCAGCUAACAAAAACAUAUGGAAAUGUCUGCUCUACCCAAAAUUACAACCAAAUCAUUGCAGCCUUACCGCAAAAAUGGAAGAGGAAAGUGGAAGGAGGAGAAAGUAAGAAACUUGUCUGUCGGCCUUGCAUUAAAGAACAUAAUUGGUUAAGGAAAACUGUGAUAAAUAAAAAGGUAUAUCAGUUUCAUUUAAGGAGCAAGGGUUUGACAGCCGUCCCAUAUAGAUUGCAAAAUAGUUGGGAAGAGAUUUUUGACGUACCGAUCCCAUGGCAUAGUGUUUAUGAACGGACACGCAAAACGACACCGGAUUCAAAACUUAGAAUCUUUCAAUUUAAAUUAUUAUAUAAAAUUCUUGCUACCAAUAUAAUGUUAUUUAUAUGGGGGAUACAAUCUUCCCAGCUCUGCAGAUUUUGCUGCGAAGAGACAGAAUCAUUACAUCAUUUGUUUUCAUUUGUUUUGGUACUGUCCAUUUGUAGCUUGUUUUUGGACAUAGGUCCAGGAAUGGCUAAAGGAUUGCAAUAUUUACCUGGAGCUAACCCUGCAGAUAGCACUACUGGGAGAUCUGAAAAGUCAUAGUCAAUCGAUCAACAACAAAAUAAUACUAUUAGCAAAAAUGUUUAUUUUCAAUUCACAAUCUGUAGAAACAAUGAGAAUAGAAAGGUUCAGAACUUUUGUAAGACAUCACAGUACAGUUGAAAUAUAUAUGGCAAAUAGAAAUCCUAUAUGGAUGGUGUUAAAAUAUAGAUGGGAGGUGUUGAAUGGAAUUGAAGGAUGGGACUAAUAACAACUAACAACAAACAAUAACAAGAUAACUAAUAAUGUAGGCACACUGUGUCCAUAAUAAGUGUAUGGGUUGUAGGUUGGGAGCUUUUGUGAAGAAGCACAAUUAGAAAGAUAUGGCAUAUAGAAGCAAACUGGAUGGACAUCAUGAAAAUGAUCGGAGAGGUUGAGAGUAGAAGAAGUUCAGGAGAAAGAACAAACAAAAUAUAAUUACUGUAAAGUUGACUGUGUCCAUAAAAUGUAGAUAGUGGGUAUGGGCUGGAAGUAGAGGCCUAGGCGUUGUUGUUCACUAGUUUACUCCAAGUGGGGAAAGGGUGGUGGGGUUGGAAAGUAAUAAAGGGGAAUAUAUAUAUAUAUAUGUUAAAGGAUAUGUAUGUGCAUGUAUGUAUGUAUGUAUGUAUGUAUAUAUAUAUAUAUAUAUAUAUAUAUAUAUAUAUAUAUAUAUGUAUAUGUAUAUAUAUAUAUGUGUGUAUAUAAAUAAAAAAACAUGGGGGAUUGGAAGUGAUGCAGACAAUUACAUUGAUGGAAGUUACAAUCUAUCUGCAAUAUUAAGCUGAUCUACCCCCAAAAUAAAUAAAUAAUAAUAAUAAUUACAACAUAAUGCACUGCAAAUGAAACAAAUGAAAUGAAAUAAAUAAACAUAACAUUUAGCAGGUACUAGUUUGCAUCAAGCCUGUCUUGAGCAUUUGAACAUAGGUUCUCAUCCACAUUGCAGAAGGGUGACAUGCUCAUGGGGAUGGCAAACAUACACCUUUCACAGUAUUGUAAUCAUGUAUUGUAUUUUGUAGUAUUGUAUUGUAUUUACGUAUUGUAUUGGUCAUGUGUGGCUCAGUUAGUAAGCGCAUGGCACUAGCAACACCAGAAUUGUGGGUUCGAUUCCCAAUGGGGUAACAUACGAAAAUAUGUGGACUGUUGUCACUUUGGAUUAAAACGUGCUACGUAAGUGGCAUAUAUUAAGUAUUACAGUACAAUGGAUGAGGCAUGCAAUGACAUCAAUCCAGACCUACAGUGGGGAAAAAAGUAUUUAGUCAGCCACCAAUUGUGCAAGUUCUCCCACUUAAAAAGAUGAGAGAGGCCUGUAAUUUUCAUCAUAGGUACACGUCAACUAUGACAGACAAAAUGAGAAAAGAAUUUCCAGAAAAUCACAUUGUAGGAUUUUUAAUGAAUUUAUUUGCAAAUUAUGGUGGAAAAUAAGUAUUUGGUCAAUAACAAUAGUUUGUCAAUACUUUGUUAUAUACCCUUUGUUUGCAAUGACACAGGUCAAAUGUUUUCUGUAAGUCUUCACAAGGUUUUCACACACUGUUGCUGGUAUUUUGGCCCAUUCCUCCAUGCAGAGCUCCUCUAGAUCAGUGAUGUUUUGGGGCUGUCGCUGGGCAACACAGACUUUCAACUUCCUCCAAAGAUGUUCUAUGGGGUUGAGAUCUGGAGACUGGCUAGGCCACUCCAGGACCUUGAAAUGCUUCAUACGAAGCCACUCCUUCGUUGCCCGGGCGGUGUGUUUGGGAUCAUUGUCAUGCUGAAAGACCCAGCCACAUUUCAUCUUCAACGCCCUUGCUGAUGGAAGGAGGUUUUCAUUCAAAAUCUCACGAUACAUGGCCCCAUUCAUUCUUUCCUUUACACGGAUCAGUCGUCCUGGUCCCUUUGUAGAAAAACAGCCCCAAAGCAUGAUGUUUCCACCCCAAUGCUUCACAGUAGGUAUGGUGUUCUUUGGAUGCAACUCAGCAUUCUUUGUCCUCAAAUCACGACGAGUUGAGUUUUUAUCAAAAAGUUAUAUUUUGGUUUCAUCUGACCAUAUGACAUUCUCCCAAUCCUCUUCUGGAUCAUCCAAAGGCACUCUAGCAAACUUCAGACGGGCCUGGACAUGUACUUGCACUGCAGGAUUUGAGUCCCUGGCGGCGUAGUGUGUUACUGAUGGUAGGCUUUGUUACUUUGGUCCCAGCUCUCUGCAGGUCAUUCACUAGGUCCCCCCGUGUGGUUCUGGGAUUUUUGCUCACCGUUCUUGUGAUCAUUUUGACCCCACUGGGUGAGAUCUUGCGUGGAGCCCCAGAUCGAGGGAGAAUAUCAGUGGUCUUGUAUGUCUUCCAUUUCCUAAUAAUUGCUCCCACAGUUGAUUUCUUCAAACCAAGCUGCUUACCUAUUGCAGAUUCAGUCUUCCCAACCUGGUGCAGGUCUACAAUUUUGUUUCUGGUGUCCUUUGACAGCUCUUUGGUCUUGGCCAUAGUGGAGUUUGGAGUGUGACUGUUUGAGGUUGUGGACAGGUGUCUUUUAUACUGAUAACAAGUUCAAACAGGUGCCAUUAAUACAGGUAAUGAGUGGAGGACAGAGGAGCCUCUUAAAGAAGAAGUUACUGGUCUGUGAGAGCCAGAAAUCUUGCUUGUUUGUAGGUGACCAAAUACUUAUUUUCCACCAUAAUUUGCAAAUAAAUUCAUUAAAAAUCCUACAAUGUGAUUUUCUGGAAAUUCUUUUCUCAUUUUGUCUGUCAUAGUUGACGUGUACCUAUGAUGAAAAUUACAGGCCUCUCUCAUCUUUUUAAGUGGGAGAACUUGCACAAUUGGUGGCUGACUAAAUACUUUUGAAACAACGGCCUUUUUGAUGAUCUGUUUUGAGUUUUGUACUAAGCAUUGUGAAAAUGUACCACAUACUUGUGAAAAUUGCAGCAGAGCUAUUGAAAGAAACUGUAAUAUUGAUGCAAAUAAUAGUUUAACAUUUCACUAUGGAUUAUUACCCAUUUCUACAUUACCCAUACACAAAGAAAUACUAAUGUACUGUAUGUUGUUUACCUGUUGUUGUUUACCUGUGAAGCAUCCAACCCAUGUGAGCUGAACUGCGUCCCCCAUGGAGAGAACUUCUUCUACAGACACAGGCCUUCUGUGGUGGAUGGCACACCCUGCUAUGUGGGCCGCAGUGACAUCUGUAUCGACGGCAUCUGUAGGGUUAGUACUUAGUACUUACCCACUGGGCACACUCUGGUUGAAUCAACAUUGUUUCCACCUCAUUUCAAUGACAUUACAUUGAACUGAUGUGGAAUAGAUGUUCAAUUGACAUCUGUGCCCAGUGGGUAGGUAGUUACUUCAACAUGCUUGUUGAAUUGGAAAAUAAAUGAGAAAUUUCUCUCUAUCUGUCUAUCCCCUUUCUCUGAAAUAUAUUUUUAAAAAAAUAUUAACCUUCAUUUUUAUCAGGGAGUAAUACUGAGACCAAGGUCUCUUUUACGGAUGAGCUCUGAAAGAAAAACACGAUCAUAAAAAACAAACACAUUUAUCAGUAAUAAGGUUCUCAAUCAGCUUUCUGAAUUGCCCUAGAGGCACCAAAACAUACAAUUUUACCCACUAGAGUCGAUGUCCGCGCCCCGCGGAAAUGAAAUGAGCGUAAUAAUAAAACAUCCCCAUAAAAAACACAUCAAUUUAAGCCAGAGAUAUCAGUUUUGCAAGGGAUGCGUCUCAAUCCACUACAUCCGCUGAUGUCGCACUUCCGCAUCUGCGGUGAAAGGUGACAGAGCUAGAGCGGUGUUUGUCAGACCAUGAGGCAUCCCGAAAAUCGGUCUUCUCACAAAAUCGUCUGUAGCAUCCGAACAGUUUGGCAAACUAUUACAUGUGCAUAUGGAAAGUAUUCAGACCCCUUGACUUUUUCCACAUUUUGUUAUGUUACAGCCUUAUUCUAAGAUUAAUUAAAUAGAUUUUUUUCCCUCAUCAAUCUACACACAAUACCCCAUAAUGAAAAAGCAAAUAAAAAACAGAAAUAUCACAAUUACAUAAGUAUUCAGACCCAUUACUCAGUACUUUGUUGAAGCACCUUUGGCAGCGAUUACAGCCUUGACUCUUCUUGGGUAUGACGCUACAAGCUUGGCACACCUAUAUUUGGGGAGCUUCUCCCAUUCUUCUCUGCAGAUCCUCUCAAGCUCUGUCAGGUUGGAUGGGGAGAGUCGUUGCACAGCUAUUUUCAGGUCUCACCAGAGUUGUUUGAUUUGGUUCAGGUCCAGGCUCUAGCUGGGCCACUCAAAGACAUUCAGAAACUUGUCAAGGACACUCAAAGACUUGUCCCGAAGCCACUCCCGCUUUGUCUUGGCUGUGUGCUUAGGGUCAUUGUCCUGUUGGAAGGUGAACCUUCACCACAGUCUGAGGUCCUGAGCGCUCUGGAGCAGGUUUUCAUCAAGGAUCUCUCUGUACUUUUCUCCGUUCAUCUUUCCCUCGAUCCUGACUAGUCUCCCAGUCCCUGACACUGAAAAACAUCUCCACAGGAUGAUGCUGCUACCACCAUGCUUCACAGUAGGGAUUGUGCCAGGUUUCCUCCAGACAUGACACUUGGCAUUCAGGCCAAAGAGUUGAAUCUUGGUUUCAUCAGACCAGAGAAUCUUGCUUCUCAUGGUCUGAGAGUCCAUUAGGUGCCUUACUGAGGAGUGGCUUCCAUCUGGCCACUCUACCAUAAAGGCCUGAUUGGUGGAGUGCUGCGGAGAUGGUUGUCCUUUUGGAAGGUUCUCCCAUCUCUACAGAGGAUCUCUGGAGCUCUGUCAGAGUGACCAUCGGGUUCUUGGUCACCCCCCGACCAAGGCACUUCUCCCCCGAUUGCUCAGUUUGGCCGGGCGGCCAGCUCUAGGAAGAGUCUUGGUGGUUCCAAUCUUCUUCCAUUUAAGAAUGAUGGAGGCCACUGUGUUCUUGGGGACCUUCAAUGCAGCAGAAAUGUUUUGGUACCCUUCCCCAGAUCUGUGCCUUGACACAAUCCUGUCUCGGAGCUCUACGGACAAUUCCUGGCUUGGUUUCUGCUCUGACAUGCACUGUCAACUGUGGGACCUUAUAUAGACAGGUGUGUGCCUUUCCAAAUCAUGUCCAAUCAAUUGAAUUUACCACAGGUGGACUCCAAUCAAGUUGUAGGAACAUCUCAAGGAUGAUCAAUGGAAACAGGAUGCACCUGAGCUCAAUUUCGAGUCUCAUAGCAAAGGGUCUGAAUACUUAUGUAAAUAAGGUAAUUCUGUUUUGUAUUUUUUAUAACUUUGCAAACAUUUCUAACAACCUGUUUUCACUUUGUCAUUAUGGGGUAUUGUGUGUAGAUUGAUGAGGAUUUUUUAAAAAAUCUAAUACUAAACAUAACAAAAUUUGGAAAAAGUGAAGGGGUCUGAAUACUUUUCGAAUGCACUGUAUAUGGCCACUCCUCCCCUUUUCUGUAAUCUGUCACAUCUAAAUACAUUAUAGUCAUUUACUUCAAUGUCUUUAUCAGAGACAGAACCAUUUAACCAGGUUUCUGAGAGAAGCAGAAUGUCAGGACAUGAGUCCUGCACCCAAAUGUCAAUUGUGUCCAUUUUUGUAAUCAUACUUCGCAUAUUUAGGUGCAUUAGCCCAAGCCCCCUACGAGAUUUAAAGUCAGAGGGAGUAUUUAGCUAACUCCCAUAACAGCUUACAGGCAUAGGGUCAUCUGCAGCUAUUUGCUGAUUGAGCUGAGACUUUGCCAAGGUCCCUGGCCAACAACGUGAGAGCAGAGCAGAAUGAGCAUUUGACAGAGCUCCCUCAGGUCGCUGGGGUGGGAACUGGGAGAGCAGUAGUGGCAUAGUUCAGUCCACCCGGAUGAAGCUCCCGCCAAAGGAGUGGAGCUGCUGCAGCAGACCGCAGUGACUGCCAAUGCUCCAUUCUGGGUGUGCACAGGAGGCCUUGGCGUGGCUCCUGUUGCAGGGUUUGGGCUGCCAUGGGGGGCAGGAGUGUACCAGGCCUGGGGAUGGGAGGGAGGUUGUGGUGGGGAAUAUGACUGUGUCAUAUUCUCUGGAUAUAUGACGUAAAUGUAAAUGUAAAUGUGUCAUCUGUUCAGGGAUGUUGUUUGACUAUGUAAUCCUCCUAUAUUUUCCUUCUCUAGGCAGUGAGCAAUGGAGAAAUCCUGGGCAUGGACCGUGAUGUGGCGCCCGCCCCUCCCGCUCCUGCUGCCAACCUCCGCUACCGCGAGUCCCUCACGUACGCCUACACAUACAGCGCCUGGUCCGAGUGCUCAGCCCCCUGCAACAGUGGCACUCAGCACCGCAGCGUGCAGUGCAUGGUGCAGGACUCGAUGGCACCCCAUGUGGUGGAUGACUCUUACUGCGUCUCCCAGCAACUUCCCAGGCCGGAAAGCCAGCAGGCCUGCAACCAGCAGGGAUGUGCAGAGUACAGCGUGUCCAGCUUCAGUGUGGUGGGUCCUGGGGGGACCAGUAUGGCCAGUAUAGCCAGACUGUUACCAGUAUUAUUACUAGUAUGAUUAUACGACUAGAGGCUGGUUGUGGAAGUGUGAUGGGUUACCAGUCAGACCUGGGUCAAAUACAUACUGUAUGUCAAAUACUUUCAAAUACUUUGAGUUGCAUUGGAUUUAGUUUACCCGGUACCAAUGGAAUAGUCCCAAAAGUACAAACUCCAAACUAAUUCAAGGACACCAAGUCUCAAACACUUUCAUGUAUUUGACACAGGUCUGGUACCAGUAUGGUCAGUAGAGGGGCUUGAAAUGACUUAUAUGCUUUCUAAAUACAGUAUAAUCACUAACUAUAAGAUUUCACCUUCCUUAUAACUGUAAAAUACAUAUUUGUAUGUUUAGUGUUAGAGAAAAUGUGCAUAUUUUCUAAAGGUUUCUCUUGAUCAAAACAUCUACCCCCACUGCUGUGAACGUUACACAGAGCUCUAGUAUGGCUUCCUGAACUCGCUAGGAACUCACCUUUCAUUUCAUAUUAAUCUUGUCCAUCUAUGACAAACAGAAAGUUUUUUUGUUUGUUUAAAAUCUAUGAAAUAUUUUAGAUUAAUGGUUAUUACUCGAUCUCUGAAUGACUGUAAGUCGCUUUGGAUAAAAGCGUCUGCUAAAUGGCAUAUUAUUAUUAUUUAUUAUUAUUAAUGUGCUAUAAUGAUUAAACCAUUCUCUCCUGCUGUGUUAAGAUGUAAGGAUUGCAGGCAUGUGCUUUGUCAGUGGCUGUGACAUAGGGUUCAGCCAGGAGUUGAUGGACAGUCGGAAGAGCGAAUGAAAUGGUAGGAGGGACAUUACAGCUUCAAGUGGUUUCAAAUUUCACACAGGCGAACAAAAUACACUACUGUGUCCGUGGCAACCAGGGCUAUUGCUCAAUGCUAGCCAUUUCGAUCUAUGGUGUCCACAGAUCAAUUUAUACGCGAAAAUGUCAGUGGGAACCGGUAUCAGCUUGGAAAAUAAAUAAAUGUGACUCUGGAUGACAACAUAAUGAUGUUUGUUUCCAACAUUAGGGCUGUUUUCCUAAAGAAGUUAAAUCCGCUUCAUGUUUUGUUCCAUUGCCACGAUACUAACGAGUAUCGCGAUACUGGUAUUGUCUCGCCAAGCUAGUAAAAAUGCCAUAUUACAUCCUAUGUUGUGAUAAUUGCGUUGUUUGCUCUGUAACCCAUUCGUUCAUACGCCACCGUGAUAUACAAUAAGGCCGAGACAACAAAAAGACAACAGUCACACAGUGGUGGAAUAAAUUCAACUACACAAAUGUUUGUUUCAUCACAAAACCACAAGGGAAAAAUCUGUCCUGUGAAGUCGACAAAGCAAAUAUAGCAUGUAACAAACAGUUACAUGGCCUACAGCAUGGUCAAGCAAGUUAAUGUUUUCCACAGUUUAAUAAACAACUACUGAUUUAGAAUCAUGGAGUUACCGCAAGUCAGCACAAAAGCAACAGGAGCACUGCCUCCGCUAUUCCAGCACCAUUUCCACUUCAACAUUUAAACAUAAUCAAAUCAACUAGGAUUUAUACAGUGUAUGCUUAGUUUAAUACAGUGAAAACAAACUUAAAGAUACCAAAAACAAUUUAGUCCAAUCAAGAAACCAUACUGGAAACAAUAGAACACUAUGACAAAUCAGGGAAAUCAGGCCUGGUAUUCAUAGCUGACUUUGAAAAGGCUUUUGAUAAAGUACGACUGGAAUUUAUAUAUAAAUAUUUUCUUUAUUUUAAGAAUGUGCAAUGUCAGAAUAAUAGUAGAGAUAAUGAAUUAUUUCAGCUUUUAUUUAUUUCAUCACAUUCCCAGUGAGUCCGAAGUUUACAUACACUCAAUUUGUAUUUGGUAGCAUUACCUUUUAAUUGUUUAACUUGGGUCAAACAUUUCGGGUAGCCUUCCACAAGCUUCCCACAAUAAGUUGGGUGAAUUUUGGCCCAUUUCUCCUGACAGAGCUGGUGUAACUUCUGUCCCACUGUGAAUGUGAUGAAAGAAAUAACAGCAGAAAUAAAUCAUUCUCUCUAACAUUAUUCUGACAUUUCACAUUCAUAAAAUAAAGUGGUGAUCCUAACUGACCUAAGACAGGCAAUUUUUACUAGGAUUAAAUGUCAGGAAUUGUGAAAAACUGAGUUUAAAUGUUUUUGGCUAAGGUGUAUGUAAACUUCCGACUUCAACUGUAUAUAUAUAUAUAUAUAUAUAUAUAUAUAUAUAUAUAUAUAUACAGUGAGGGAAAAAGUAUUUAAUCCCCUGCUGAUUUUGUACGUUUGCCCACUGACAAAGACAUGAUCAGUAUAAUUUUAAUGGUAGGUUUAUUUGAACAGUGAGAGACAGAAUAACAACAAAAAAAUCCAGAAAAACGCAUCUCAAAAAUGUUAUAAAUUGAUUUGCAUUUUAAUGAGGGAAAUAAGUAUUUGACCCUCUGCAAAACAUGACUUAGUACUUGGUGGCAAAACCCUUGUUGGCAACCACAGAGGUUAGACGUUUCUUGUAGUUGGCCACCAGGUUUGCACACAUCUCAGGAGGGAUUUUGUCCACUCCUCUUUGCAGAUCUUCUCCAAGUCAUUAAGGUUUCGAGCCUGACGUUUGGCAACUCGAACCUUCAGCUCCCUCCAAAGAUGUUCUAUGGGAUUAAGGUCUGGAGACUUGCUAGGCCACUCCAGGACCUUAAUGUGCUUCUUCUUGAACCACUCCUUUGUUGCCUUGGCCGUGUGUUUUGGGUCAUUGUCAUGCUGGAAUACCCAUCCACGAACCAUUUUCAAUGCCCUGGCUGAGGGAAGGAGGUUCUCACCCAAGAUUUGACGGUACAUGGCCCCGUCCAUCGUCCCUUUGAUGCGGUGAAGUUGUCCUGUCCCCUUGGCAGAAAAAUACCCCCAAAGCAUAAUGUUUCCACCUCCAUGUUUGACGGUGGGGAUGGUGUUCUUGGGGUCAUAGGCAGCAUUCCUCCUCCUCCAAACACGGCGAGUUGAGUUGAUGCCAAUGAGCUCGAUUUUGGUCUCAUCUGAUCACAACACUUUCACCCAGUUCUCUUCUCUGAGUCAUUCAAAUGUUCAUUGGCAAACUUCAGAUGGGCCUGUAUAUGUGCUUUCUUGAGCAGGGGGACCUUGCGGGCGCUGCAGGAUUUCAGUCUUUCACGGCGUAGUUUGUUACCAAUUGUUUUCUUGGUGACUAUGGUCCCAGCUGACUUGAGAUCAUUGACAAGAUCCUCCCGUAUAGUUCUGGGCUGAUUCCUCACCAUUCUCAUGAUCAUUGCAACUCCACGAGGUGAGAUCUUGCAUGGAGCCCCAGGCCGAGGGAGAUUAACAGUUAUUUUGUGUUUCUUCCAUUUGCGAAUAAUCGCACCAACUGUUGUCACCUUCUCACCAAGCUGCUUGGCGAUGGUCUUGUAGCCCAUUCCAGCCUUGUGUAGGUCUACAAUCUUGUCCCUGUCAUCCUUGGAGAGCUCUUUGGUCUUGGCCAUGGUGGAGAGUUUGGAAUCUAAUUGAUUGAUUGCUUCUGUGGACAGGUGUCUUUUAUACAGGUAACAAGCUGAGAUUAGUAGCACUCCCUUUAAGAGUGUGCUCCUAAUCUCAGCUCGUUACCUGUAUAAAAGACAUCUGGGAGCCAGAAAUCUUUCUGAUUGAGAGGGGGUCAAAUACUUAUUUCCCUCAUUAAAAUGCAAAUCAAUUUAUAACAUUUUAGACAUGCAUUCUUCUGUAUUAUUUUUUUGGUUAUUCUGUCUCUCACUGUUCAAAUAAAUCUACCAUUAAAAUUAUAGACUGAUAAUUUCUUUGUCAGUGGCCAAACAUACAAAAUCAGCAGGGGAUCAAAUACUUUUUUCCCUCACUGUAUAUAUAUAUAUAUAUAUAUAUAUAUUUACAAAAAAUAUAUAUGGGGGAUUGGAAAUGAUGCAGAAAAUUAAAUUGAUUGAAACUUCAAUCUGACAACUUCUUCUGAUCUACCCCUUAAAACUUUUAAAAAAUUGGUCCAAUCAAAAUUCCUAAAUAUCAUGUGGCUGUCAAUGGUACUGAUUUCUCUCUCUCUGUCUGUCUGUCUGUCUGUGUGUGUGUGUGUGUGUGUGUGUGUGUGUGUGUGUGUGUGUGUGUGUGUGUGUGUGUGUGUGUGUGCGUGCAUGCGUGUGCAACUCGUAGACCAGUUGAAAGCCGAUGCCAUCCUCCGCUCUUCAUGUUGGCAAAACGGUAUAUGGGUCUGUCAUACAGUACGCUUUUAGUUUUUGUUGUCAUAGGUUACCUAGCUAAAAUGCUUGCUAGCCUAACUUCCUCACAUGGGCAACAACGAAUCAGCUAAGUUAUCUAGCUAGCUAGUUAACAUGAUCCUACUAGGCGACAUCUAGGAUACAUAUUGAGCUUCAAUUGUCUCAGGCCAGUGGCACAAUAUAUGAAUUCAUGGUUAGAUCAGAAUUGCUGUCAUAAUCAAUUAAGUCAAAACCACAGGUCCAAAUCCCCAUCUCCAUCCAUGUUGUAGGAAAAGGCAGAUUUAGCAAGCUAGCUACUGCAGGACAACAACACAAGCAGACCAGAAACAGGGAUGUGUUUCUGACAAUGACAUUUUUCUUUGGAUGUGAUUUGAUUGGUGUGAAACCAAAUCCAAACUGGCCUCCCUUGGGGUGUGUUUUGCUGCGUCAGGACAACCCACAGUUGAGCUCAGCUCAAUGCUGAUUGGCUAAAUUAAUGUUUUUAUCAAGGGAGGCCAAAUGCUUGCUGGCAUCAACCAAUCAAAUGCUACGGUGGCAACAUGUCAUACUAUUUUGGUCCAGACAGCAUCAGAUACAUGGGCUACACAUACUGAGACAGAGGGGCACUGUUUCCCUUGUUCGGAUGAUUUCUCCGGUGAGAUUGAGCCCCUUGUGAAUUGAAGGAACAUUUUGAAAAUACAGAGUUUUUUAUUGGUCAAAUAUUUGGGGAAGCCUGGCUUUCCUUGGCAACCAUGAAUACACGCCACUGCUGGUUCGAAUUCCUGAGCCGAGAAGGUGAAAAAUCAGUUGAUGUGCCCUUAAGCAAGGCACUUAACCCUAAUUGCUCCUGUAAGUUGCUCUGGAUAAGAUUAAAUGAUUAAAAUGUAAAAUGUAAGAUUGAGCCAUUGAUCUUGUUUUGAUGCUAAAUUUCCCCUGUUAUAUAUUUCCCAUUCCCAGUGUUCGGUGACCUGUGGGGAGGGCCAGCAGACCAGGGAGGUGGUUUGCGUGGGGGCAGGAGGGGAGCGCCUUGGGGACCAAGCCUGCAGUGGUCUGGCACGCGCACCUGCAGUCCAGGCCUGCCGCAAGCCAGCCUGCCACACCCACAUCAGCUGGCACGUCCAUGACUUCGGACUGGUAAGAGAAAGAGAUAAAUGUAUUUUUUUUGUUGUUAAAUUGUUCAACAUAGUUGCUUUGGCAAUACAUACCAGUAAUUUUGUCAUGUCAAUAAAGCAUUUCGAAUUGGACAGGGACUUUCGAUAUCAUACAAUACCAGAGGAGGCUGGUGGGAGGAGCUAUAGUAGGAUGGGUCAUUGUAAUGGCUGGAAUGCGGUACUUGGUGGUGAUGGCAUUGAGACCUCUGUAGUCAAUACAUGGACGAAGACCCCCUCCUUAUUGGCCACGAAGAAGAAACCUGCCAACGCAGGGGAGGUAGAUGGGCGGAUGAAACCCUGUUGGAGAACAUCCUGGAUGUAUUCCAUAGCCUUGGUUUCAGCCACUGACAGGGGAUAGAUGUGGCUGCGCGGAGGCGCAGAGUCUGUUAGCAGGUCGAUGGCACAGUCCCAGGGGCGAUGAGGAGGGAGACAGGUGGCACGGGUCUUGGAGAAAACCUCCCGGAGAUGCUGGUAAACCUGGAGGGCAACCACAGGACUCUCAACUGACAUGGAACCACAGGGUAAGGGAAAGCAUGUCUUCCGACAUCCGGGUGCCCAGGCCGUGAUCUCCAUCCUCGACCAGGAGAUGGUGGGGUCGUGACGUUGGAGCCACGGGAGGCCAAGGAUGACUUUGUGUAUGGGUGCCUGGAUGAUGAGGAAGGGAAGGUUUUCUUGGUGCAGGGGUCCCACGGUGAUGGUGAGUGGUCCUGUGAUGUGUGUGAUUGUCCCAGAUCCCAGUGGUCGGUAAUCCAGCGCUUGAACCGGAAACGGAGAGGAGAGCAGGUAUGAUGUUAUGUUCAGGGAGGAGGCAAGGGCCUGGUCAAUACAAUUCCCUGCGGCGGCAAUGGAGUCCACUAGAGCUGUAGAAACAACACGAGGGACAGCCAGUUAAUGAAAUCGGUACUAAAAAGGGUUUGGUGGAGAGUGAUGAUGAUGGAAUACUCACACCUACCCCAGGAGACGGGUGAUCACGGGACCGUCCCUCUGCUCUAGUGGCUCCCGGGUUGGGACGUAGCGGACACAGUUGAAGCUGGUGCCCCUUUUGACCACAAUAGGGACAGAACCCCAGCUGUCUCCGACGGCGUCGCUCAGCCGCAGGGAGGCGUGUGGCCCCUACUUCCAUGGGUUCAGACUCUGACUCAGAUCGGUCAACGAAGGGAGGCGUGUUGCCCCUACCUCCAUGUUUUCAGACUCUGACUCAGAUCGGUCAACGAAGGAGGGAGAGAGGCGAUGAGAGUGGCGCCGCUCCCGAAGGAGGUUAUCCAGACGGAUGGCCAUCGCGAUGAGUGUGUCCAAUGAGAAGGUGUCGUCUCGGCAUGCCAACUCCGUCUGGACCUCCUCGGGCAAUCCUCUUCUGAAUAAGGAGCGGAGCGCCGGCUCAUUCCAUCCACUGGAUGCUGCUAUUGUACAGAAGGUGAGGACGUACUCCACAGCGGUCUGGUCCUCCUGCCGUAGUUGGAGUAGGCACUCACCCCCCUCUCUGCCCUCCGGUGGAUGAUCGAAGUCUCCUCCAUGAAGCCAUGAACCUCCCAUAGGAACCCAGCUCCUCCUCUCCUCUCUCCCAGACGGCCGUAGUCCACUCCAACGCCCGCCCGGUCAGUAGGAAGAUAACCGUGGCAACCUUGGACCUCUCGGUGGUGGGUUGCCAAGACGGUGGUUAGUAGACUGGUGACGUCGAGCGCCGGAGUGGGGGAGCCGGAGUAGACGUGACAAUCUCCUACCCUUUUCUCUUAUCUUUCCCUACUUCUGUGUAACUCUAUCUAUCAUGCUGUCUCUGACCUCUCUUUCUCUGCUGUCUCUCCCUAUAGUGCUCUAGGAAUUGUGGUGGAGGGGUGCGGGAGAGGAGGGUAGUGUGUAUGGACAUAGACCAGAACCCACAUGGGGAGGACAGGUGCGCCCCCCGCCCCAAACCCGCUACCGUGGAGCACUGUAACACCCAGGCCUGCCAUGAAGCCCAAAGUGAGUCCAAUUCCAGUGUGUUUUUUUCUUUAUUUUUACUAUUUUCUACAUUGUAGAAUAAUAUUGAACACAUCAAAACUAUGAAAUAACACAUAUGGAAUCAUGUAGUAACCAAAAAAGAGUUAAACAAAUCUAAAUAUAUUUUAUAUUUGAGAUUCUUCAAAUAGCCAAAUGAUAGUUCCACUUUAGAAUUUAGAAUAAGGCACACUUAACCAGCAUGGCUACCACAGCAUUCUGCAGCGAUACGCCAUCCCAUCUGGUUUGCGCUUAGCGGAACCUCACCAGAACCUCCUACGCAGGAACUCCAACGUCCUGGCGCCCCCCAGAUGGCUGGUGAGGUCGGAUGCGUGAGCCCACUGAAGUAGUCGCGACCGUGCAGCCUUGGGUACGUACAUCCUCCCCGAUGGACCUCCGCCCGGAUCGGGCUCCCAUCGUAGCGCUGCUCUGACCAGUAUAUCGUAUCCCCACGAAACUGGUGCAGCAAUCAGGGCAUUGGGGACAAUGGGGUCGUCCCUCUCCACCAGGUCCACCGGGUCAAACUGCCGGGAGGGCGCGUCAGGCUUGGUGUUCUUUGACCCCGGACAGUAUGAGAUGGUGAACCGGAACCUGGUGAAGCCCCCUGAAUGUAGGCUAAGUUCUUAUGGUCCGUCCAUACAACGAAUGGAUGGGCGGCCCCCUCUAGCCAAUGCCUCCACUCCCCCAGGGCGAGCUUGACUGCUAGCAACUCACAGUUCCCCAUGUCGUAAUUCCGCUCCGCCGGGGACAGCCGACGGGAGAAAAACACGCAGGGGUGAGUCUUACCGUCCGUGAGGAACCGCUGGGACAGGAUUGCUCCCACCGCAACAUCUGAAGCAUCCACCUCCACCAUGAACGGCAGGGACGGAUCAGGAUGCCCUAGGACCGGGGCCGAUGUAAAGCUCCACGUAAGGGCAUCAAAUGCGUUCCCCACUUCCGGGGUCCAGGCGAAGGAGCGCACGCUUGUCUGGGUGAGGGCUGUCAGGGGAGCGGCUAGGGAGUUAAAAUUGCGAAUAAAUCGCCUAUAAGAAUUUGCGAAUUCUAAAAACCGCUGUAGUUGCUUGAGGGAUGAGGGCUGGGGCCAAUCCAGUACCGCGCUGACCUUGGCUGGGUCCAUCCGUAGGUCCCCCUGGGUGAUGAUGAACCCCAGGAAGGAGACUGUCUCUGUGUGGAACACGCACUUCUCUGCCUUGAUGUAGAGCUGGUGACAGAGAAGGCGUUGGAGGACCUGCCGAACGUGCUGCUGGUGUUCACUCGUCCGUUGAGAAUAUUAGAAUUUCAUCCAAAUACAAGAAGACGCUGUAGUCGAUAUACUCCCUCAUGGCCAGUGUCUCCGGCCGUGACAAGGAAAACAAUCGCCCUUGUGUGGGCAUGUUGCCCGGCAGUAGAUCGAUAGAGCAGUCGUAUGGCCUGUGAGGAGGUUGGCCCUUGGCAUCUUACUAAAUACCUCCCCCAGAUCCCAAUACUCCUGGGGAACAGCUGCCAGGUCUGGGCUGGUGAUGGAGUCUGUAGCCGCCGUCCUCCUGAAGGCAACCGCCGCUAGGGCGGUAGGCGGUUCGGAGUUCGGGACCUGGGGAAGAGGUGAGGACUGAUAGGUGGUCUGGGAUGAUGGUUGGGCUGAUGAGUGGUCGGUGGAGACCGGAUCAAGACGGGGGCGGAGCCUCCCUCCAGGAUGAGCCGCCCCAUGGACCAGUCUAUCCGGGGUUUGUGGGUGACCAGCCAGGGGUGCCCGAGGACGAGGGGACACUCCGGAGAGUCCACAAUGAAAAACUGGAUAUCCUCCCACAGACCCCCCGCCACGCGGACACGCACAGGGACAGUGUGCCGUGUGAUGAAGCCCGACCCCAACGACCGGCCGUCCAGGCCCAUGACCGGAAUGGAGAGGGAGAGUAACGGAAUGCUCCACCCUUGGGCCAGCCCCGCGUCCAUCAGGUUUCCCGCGUCCCCAGAAUCCACCAGAGCAUGCACCCGACGCGCAGCACGGGCCCACUGAACCCUGACGGGGAGAAAAGUCCGGGAGUCUCUGAAGUUGGGGUUUCAGUUCCCUCUCUCAUGCACCUUCUCACGACGCCGAUUGUCUACCUGCACCGAGAGUUUGACGAGGCCAUCCAGUUGCUCAGGCAGCUCCCUGAAGGAGAGUUCGUCCUUCAUCCCCUCCAAUAGCCCCUGCGCGUAAAGGACGACCAGGGCAGCCUCCUCCCAUCCUGCCUCUCGAGCCCGGGUCCGGAACUCCACGGAGUAGUCCUCACCAAACGGUCACAUUGCCGACAGCCGACAGCCGACUCCCGGCCUCGUGCCCCGACACCACCCGAGAGGUGUCGAACACCUUGCGUAGCUCCCGGGUGAAUUGGUAGGAAUAAGACCAGGCCGGAGUUUGGCUCUCCCACUCCACGGUAGCCCAGCAAAGAGCCCGACCCGUCAACAGAGUGAUGAUGUAGGCCAUCCGUCGGGAAGGAGGAGGGUUGUAGGCUGAAUACCAGGGAACACAAGGUAAGGAAUUCCCUGCAGCCCUCUGGACGUCCGUCAUACCUCUCCGGAGGUGGUAGGCGGGGUUCCCGCAAUGUCACAGGCGAGACUGAAGACGCCGCUGCCGCGGCUUCCGCUCCGCUGGUUGCCGGGGCUGGUCGGGUGUCCACCCAGCUCUGCACUGCGAACGUCCUCCCAAUUGAGAUGGUUUGGGAUGAGUUGGACCGCAGAGUGAAGGAAAAGCAGCCAACAAGUGCUCAGCAUAUGUGGGAACUCCUUCAAGACUGUUGGAAAAGCAUUCCAGGUGAAGCUGGUUGAGAGAAUGCCAACUGUGUGCAAAGCUGUCAUCCAAGCAAAGGGUGGCUACUUCAAAGAAUCUAAAAUCUAAAUAUAUUUUGAUUUGUUUAACAAUUUUUUGGUUACUACAUGAUACCAUAUGUGUUAUUUCAUAAUUUCGAUGUCCUCACUAUUAUUCUACAAUGUAAUUAUUUUUUUAAAUAAAUAAAAUCCCUUGAAUGGGUAGGUGUGUCCAAACUUUUGACUGGUACUGUAUAUAUACAGUGCAUUCAGAAAGUAUUCAGACCCCUUGACUUUUUCCAUAAUUUGUUACGUUACAGCCUUAUUCUAAAAUGGAUUAAAUAGUUUUUCCCCCUCAUCAAUCUACACACAAUACUCCAUAAUGACAAAGCAAAAACAGAUUACAAUUUUUUUUUAAAUAAAAAUCACAUUUACAUAAUAUUCAGACCCUUUAUGCAGUACUUUGUUGAAGCACCUUAGGCAGCGAUUACAGCCUCGAGUCGUAUUGGGUAUGACACUACAUGCUUGGCACACCUGUAUUUGGGGAGUUUCUCCUAUUCUUCUCUACAGAUCCUCUCAAGCUCUGUCAGGUUGGAUGGGGAGCGUCGCUGCACAGCUAUUUUCAGGUCUCUCCAGAGAUGUUAGAUCGGGUUCAUGUCCGCGCUCUGGCUGGGCCACUCAAAGGCAUUCAGAAACUUGUCCUGAAGCCACUCCUGCGUUGUCUUGGCUGUGUGCUUAGGGUUGUUGUCCUGUUGGAAGGUGAACCUUCGCCCCAUUCAGAUGUCCUGAGCGCUCUGGAGCAGGUUUUCAUCAAGGAUUUCUCUGUACUUUGCUCUUUUCGUCUUUCCCUCGAUCCUGACUAGUCACCCAGUCCCUGCUGCUGAAAAACAUCCCCACAAUAUAAUGCUGCCACAACAAUGCUUCACCGUAGGGAUGGUGCCAGGUUUCCUCCAGACGUGACGCUUGGCAUUCAGGCCAAAGAGUUCAAUAUUGGUUUCAUCAGACCAGAGAAUCUUGUUUCGCAUGGUCUGAGAGUCCUUUAGGUGCCUUUUGGCAAACUCCAAGCGGGCUGUCAUGUGCCUUUUACUGAGGAGUAGCUUCCGUCUGGCCACUCUACCAUAAAGGCCUGAUUGGUGGAGUGCUGCAGAGAUGGUUGUCCUCCUGGAACGUUCUCCCAUCUCCACAGAGGAACUCUAGAGCUCUGUCAGAGUGACCAUCGGGUUCUUGGUCACCUCCCUGAUCAAGGCCCUUAUCCCUCGAUUGCUCAGUUUGGCCGGGCGGCCAGCUCUAGGAAGAGUCUAGGUGGUUCCAAACUUCUUCCAUUUAAGAAUGAUGUAGGACGCUGUGUUCUUGGGAACCUUCAAUGCUGCAGAAAUGUUUUGGUACCCUUGUGCAGAUUUGUGCUUCGACAUAAUCCUGUCUCGGAGCUCUACGGACAAUUCCUUCAACCUCAUGGCUUGGUUUUUGCUCUGACAUGCACUGUCAACUGUGUGGCCUUAUAUAGACAGGUGUGUGCCUUUUCUAAUCGUGUCCAAUCAAUUGAAUUUACCACAGGUGGACUCCAAUCAAGUUGUAGAAACAUCAACGAUGAUCAAUGGAAACAGGGUGCACCUGAGCUCAAUUUCGAGUCUCAUAGCAAACGGUCUGAAUACUUACAGUUGAAGUCGGAAGUUUACGUACACCUUAGCCAAAUACAUUUAAACUCAGUUUUUCACAAUUCCUGACAUUUCAUCCUAGUAAAAAUUCCCUCUCUUAGGUCAGUUAGGAUCACCACUUUAUUUUAUGAAUGUGAAAUGUCAGAAUAAUGUUAGAGAGAAUGAUUUAUUUCAGCUUUUAUUUAUUUCAUCACAUUCCCAGUGGGUCAGAAGUUUACAUACACUAAAUUAGUAUUUGGUAGCAUUGCCUUUAAAUUGUUUAACUUGGGUCAAACGUUUCGGGUAGCCUUCCACAAGCUUCCCACAUAAAGUUGGGUGAAUUUUGGCCCAUUCCUCCUGACAGAGCUGGUGCAACUGAAUCAGGUUUGUACGCCUCCUUGCUCGCACACGCUUUUUCAGUUCUGCCCACAAAUGUUCUAUAGGAUUGAGGUUAGGGCUUUGUGAUGGCCACUCCAAUACCUUGACUUUGUUGUCCUUAAGCCCUUUUGCCACAACGUUGGAAGUAUGCUUGGGGUCAUUGUCCAUUUGGAAGACCCAUUUGCGUCCAAGCUUUAACUUCCUGACUAAUGUCUUGAGAUGUUGCUUCAAUAUAUCCACAUCAUUUUCCUUCCUCAUGAUGCCAUCUAUUUUGUGAAGUGCACCAGUCCCUCCUGCAGCAAAGCACCCCCACAGCAUGAUGCUGCCACCCCCGUCCUUCACGGUUGGGAUGGUGUUCUUUGGCUUGCAAGCACCCCCUUUUUCCUCCAAACAUAACGAUGGUCAUUAUGGCCAAACAGUUCUAUUUUUGUUUCAUCAGACCAGAGGACAUAUCUCCAAAAAGUACGAUCUUUGUCCCCAUGUGCAGUUGCAAACCAUAGUCUGGAUUUUAUAUGGCGGUUUUGGAGCAGUGGCUUCUUCCUUGCUGAGCGGCCUUUCAGGUUAUAUAGAUACUUUUGUACCGGUGUCCUCCAGCAGCUUCACAAGGUCCUUUGCGGUUGUUCUGGGAUUGAUUUGCACUUUUCGCACCAAAGUACGUUAAUCUCUAGGAGACAGAACGUGUCUCCUUCCUGAGCGGUUUGACGGCUGCGUGUUCCCAUGGUGUUUAUACUUGCGUACUAUUGUUUGUACAGAUGAACGUGGUACCUUCAGGUGUUUGGAAAUUGCUCCCAAGGAUGAACCAGACUUGUGGAGAUCUAAAAUUCUUUUUCUGAGGUCUUGUCUGAUUUCUUUUGAUUUUCCCAUGAUGUCAAGCAAAGAGGCACUGAGUUUGAAGGUAGGCCUUGUAAUACUUCCACAGGUACACCUCCAAUUGACAUCAUUUUCUGGAAUUUUCCAAGCUGUUUAAAGGCACAGUCAACUUAGUGUAUGUAAACUUCUAACCCACUGGAAUUGUGAUACAGUGAAUUGUAAGUGAAAUAAUCUGUCUGUAAACAAUUGUUGGAAAAAUGACUUGUGUCAUGCACAAAGUAGAUGUCCUAAACGACUUUCCAAAACUAUAGUUUGUUAACAAGAAAUGUGUGGAGUGGUUGAAAAACGAGUUUUAAUGACUCCAACCUAAGUGGAUGUAAACUUCCGACUUCAACUGUAUUUUUUAUUUAUUUAUUCAAUUUUAUUAGAAUAAGGCUGUAACGUAACAAAAUGUGGAAAAAGGGAAGGGGUCUGAAUACUUUCCGAAUGUGCUGUGUGUAUAUAUCACACACAUAGUACCAGUGAAAAGUUUGGACAUUCCUGCUCAUUCAAGGGUUUUUCUUUAUUUUUUUUACAAUUUUCUACAUUGUAGAAUAAUAGUGAGGAAAUCAAAACUAUGAAACAACACAUGGAAUCAUCUAUUAACCAAAAAAGUGUUAAACAAAUCAAAAUAUAUUUAAUAUUUGAGAUUCUUCAAAUAUGCACAUAAAGCUAAUUUCUCUCAAAUGUUGUGCACAAAUUUGUUUACAUCCCUGUUAGUGAGCAUUUCUCCUUUGCCAAGAUAAUCCAUCCACUUGACAGGUGUGGCAUAUCAAGAAGCCGAUUAAACAGCAUGACCAUUACACAGGUGCACCUUGUGCUGGGGACAAUAAAAGGGCACUGUAAAAUGUGCAGUUUUGUCACACAACAUAAUGCCACAGAUGUCUCAAGUUUUGAUGGAGCGUGUAAUUGGCAUGCUGACUGCAGCAAUGUUCAACAGAGCUGUUGGCAGAGAAUGUAACGUUAAUUUCUCUACCAUAAGCCGUCUCCAACGUCGUUUUAGAGAAUUUGGCAGUACAUCCAACCGGCCUCAUAACCUCAGACCACGUGUAACCACGCCAGCCCAGGACCUCCACAUCCGGCUUCUUCACCUGCGGGAUCAUCUGAUGAGGGGGAGGGGGGGGGGGGGGUGCUGAGGAGUAUUCUUGUCUGUAAAAAAGCCCUUUUGUGGGGAAAAACUCAUUCCGAUUGGCUGGGCCCAGCUCCCCAGUGGGUGGGUCAUGUGAAAUCUAUAGAAUAAGGCCUAAUACAUUUUUUUCAAUUGACUGAUUUCCUUCUAUGAACUGUAACUCAGUAAAAUCUUUGAAAUUGUUUCAUGUUGCUUUUAUAUUUUUGUUCAGUAUAUGUUUAUGUAUAUAUAUAUAUGUGUGUGUAUGGGUGGGGGGGGGUUCUAUUCAUGUAUCAUUGUCCCUCUCUGUUUAGGUGUACCAAGUGUCCAAGACCCAAGAGGACAUGACAGCACUCUGAGAGGAUAUGUGCCUUACGACCCUUCAGGUACAUGUGCGUUCGUACACGCGUGUGUGUUAGGGAUGUUUUUGUCUCUAUGCAUGCAUGGACAUGUGUAUCAAUUUGAGUGCACAAUUAUAAUCAUAUAUGUGUGUAGAUUGACUUGGGAUAAUUAAGGUAGAGACAGAAAUAGUUUAGCAAAACAACAAGAAUUUGAAAAAUGAACUUUUCUUUCAGCUCUCAAUCCUCACCCAAACAAUUCUGUUUACUUUGAGUCGAUCAUUCCUUAUGCUAAAACACACCUCUCUUAUAGUGCAUACUGUACAUCCCAGUUCUCUCUGUCUAGACAGUGUUGUAAUCCAUCAAAAAAAAUUAACUACAUAUAGACAAGACAGGAUCCACUAGUCAAAGUGGUAUAUCCACAUCUGAAAAUAUACUGUCUAGCUAAACAUAACUAUGCCGCUCCUAAAUAUACAAUAGCAAAAAUAAACACUCAAAACAUUUAUCCAUGUACAGUGAGGGAAAAAAGUAUUUGAUUCCCUGCUGAUUUUGUAUGUUUGCCCACUGACAAAGAAAUGAUCAGUCUAUAAUUUUAAUGGUAGGUUUAUUUGAACAGUGAGAGACAGAAUAACAACAACAAAAAUCCAGAAAAACGCAUGUCAAAAAUGUUAUAAAUUGAUUUGCAUUUUAAUUAGGGAAAUAAGUAUUUGACCCCUCUCAAUCAGAAAGAUUUCUGGCUCCCAGGUGUCUUUUAUACAGGUAACGAGCUGAGAUUAGGAGCACACUCUUAAAGGGAGUGCUCCUAAUCUCAUUUUGUUACCUGUAUAAUAAUAAUAAUAAUAUGCCAUUUAGCAGACGCUUUUAUCCAAAGCGACUUACAGUCAUGCGUGCAAAAAUAUUUUGUAUAUGGGUGGUCCCGGGGAUCGAACCCACUACCCUGGCGUUACAAGCACCGUGCUCUACCAGCUGAGCUACAGAGGGCCACAGAAGCAAUCAAUCAAUCAGAUUCCAAACUCUCCAUCAUGGCCAAGACCAAAGAGCUCUCCAAGGAUGUCAGGGACAAGAUUGUAGACCUACACAAGGCUGGAAUGGGCUACAAGACCAUCGCCAAGCAGCUUGGUGAGAAGGUGACAACAGUUGGUGCGAUUAUUCGCAAAUGGAAGAAACACAAAAGAACUGUCAAUCUCCCUCGGCCUGGGGCUCCAUGCAAGAUCUCACCUCGUGGAGUUGCAAUGAACAUGAGAACGGUGAGGAAUCAGCCCAGAACUACACGGGAGGAUCUUGUCAAUGAUCUCAAGUCAGCUGGGACCAUAGUCACCAAGAAAACAAUUGGUAACACACUACGCCGUGAAGGACUGAAAUCCUGCAGCGCCCGCAAGGUCCCCCUGCUCAAGAAAGCACAUAUACAAGCCCAUCUGAAAUUUGCCAAUGAACAUCUGAAUGAUUCAGAGGAGAACUGGGUGAAAGUGUUGUGGUCAGAUGAGACCAAAAUCGAGCUCUUUGGCAUCAACUCAACUCGCCGUGUUUGGAGGAGGAGGAAUGGUGCCUAUGACCCCAAGAACACCAUCCCCACCGUCAAACAUGGAGGUGGGAACAUUAUGCUUUGGGGGUGUUUUUCUGCUAAGGGGACAGGACAACUUCACCGCAUCAAAGGGACGAUGGACGGGGCCAAGUACCGUCAAAUCUUGGGUGAGAGCCUCCUUCCCUCAGCCAGGGCAUUGAAAAUGGGUUGUGGAUGGGUAUUCCAGCAUGACAACGACCCAAAACACACGGCCAAGGCAACAAAGGAGUGGCUCAAGAAGAAGCACAUUAAGGUCCUGGAGUGGCCUAGCCAGUCUCCAGACCUUAAUCCCAUAGAAAAUCUGUGGAGGGAGCUGAAGGUUCGAGUUGCCAAACGUCAGGCUCGAAACCUUAAUGACUUGGAGAAGAUCUGCAAAGAGGAGUGGGACAAAAUCCCUCCUGAGAUGUGUGCAAACCUGGUGGCCAACUACAAGAAACGUCUGACCUCUGUGAUUGCCAACAAGGGUUUUGCCACCAAGUACUAAGUCAUUUGCAUAGGGGUGAAAUACUUAUUUCCCUCAUUAAAAUGCAAAUCAAUUUAUAAAAUUUUUGACAUGCGUUUUUCAGGAUUUUUUUUCAGCAAAUCAUAUACUUUUUUGCCUCACUGUAUGUGUUUAUUUGGUGUUUAUUUGGUGUAUUUUUGUAUAGGUACAUUAAGUAUAUAGGCUAUUUGUAUACAUUAAGUAAACAUUUAGCCAUAUGUCUGCGUCUGCUGUCUUUAGCCACUAACACAGUGUACGAUCCCUAUUCCACCGCUGUGGUUGGUCCUUACUGCGCCCAGUCAUACUACGGCUGCUGCCCCGACGGCCACACAUCCGCCGGUGGGCAUAGAGGAGAGGGCUGUUCUGCAGAUGACUGCGUACGCACCCGGUAAGACCUAGGUGGCGUUUGUUCAGUUGGGUUCAACUUUACAUAACUUUAAGAUGGAGAUAGCAUUGUGUAGAACAGACAUGGCAUGUAGAGGUUGAUUAUGACACAACUUUAUGUUACUUGGACAGUCCAACUAGUGACAUUCACAUUCAUGGAUGCUGUCUGAGUCCAUGUUCCUGUCUCACCUGUCUUUGUGCCUUUCCAUAACAGCUAACGGUUUGUUGUCUAGUCAAUAUCUUACCUGUGUUCAUCUCUGGUUGUCAGGUACGGCUGCUGUCUGGAUGGGGUGACUCCUGCUCAGGGUCAUGGAAGGGCAGGAUGUCCUGAUUACCACCCACUCGCGGUAAGAGCUGCCCACUACCCAUUAUGUCAAGACCACUCUUUUUCUUUCACAAUCAAAAGCAGUCUAUCCAUCCCUUUAGAUUGGAAAACAUUUCAUUUUCUUAUUCUUUCCACCUAUUUAUGCUCUCUCUCUAGGACCACUCCGCUCCUGCUCAGUCUGGCCAUAUGUGCUCCAUGUCACAUGACGCUGGACCCUGUGCCAGUUGGACGUCCCGCUUCUACUACAACUCAGCCACUGGCAGUUGCACUCAGUUCUGGUUCGGCGGAUGCCAGGGUAAUGCCAACAACUUUGUCUCCAUGGACCAUUGCCAAAGGAAGUGUGGCAGUGCUGUCGUGACACCGAGAGUGGCAUCCCCACCCGCAAGGACCGUGAGGGUGAGAACAAGGGCGAGGGCAUACCGUGUCCGGUCUUAAAAGACACAGGAGGAAUGUGUUUCAGUGACACACACACACCGUAUCCUUACAGAGGAAAGGAAAAAUAUGAAGCAAUAUGAUUAACCUAUUUAAUCUGUGAACAAAUGUCUUCCAAAAUCUGACAUUCACCAUUUCUCUGUUCGUUCUGUCAUUGUUGAUAUUGAUAUCAAUAAACUGAACAAAUCUGUUGAA